UUUAUCAAGUCAGUGUAAGUGCAUGCAUGUGAAUAUAUUUUCUUUUGAUUUACUUUUCUGCUGAUUGUAUUGUAGAUGUCAGCGUCUUCAUCUUUCAACUGCUGGUGGCGGCAGCCAAAGUUUUGCUUUCAAAGGAAAAAAAGCUGGAACCAAACUGUGGACGAGUCAUUUAUGUUUCACACAAAAACCUCAAAUGAAAUUCCUCUGUUCUACGCGGCUUUGAAGAACGAUGUGAAAGGAGUCAGAGGCUUCCUGCAGGUCUCCUCCACCGAUGUGUUUGAGAGAGGUGCUUUCGGGGAAACGUCGCUCCACGUUGCAGUGAUGAAUGACAACCUGGAGGCUGCUGUGGCUCUGAUGGACGCGGCUCCUGAACUUGUGGACGAGCCGAUGACGUCGGAACUGUUCCAAGGACUGACUCCGCUCCACAUCGCUGUGAUCAACCAGAACCUCAGUCUGGUCCAACAUCUCAUCGACCGUGGUGCUGAUGUGAACACGCCUCGGGCCACCGGCUUGUACUUCCAGAAGAGGAAAGGAGGACUCUUCUUCUAUGGUGAACACAUCUUGUCUUUUGCUGCAUGUACUGGGAACAAAGACAUCGUCUCCCUGUUAAUUGAUGCAGGAGCCAGCACCAGAGUCCAGGACCACAAAGGCAACACCUUGCUUCAUGUCCUGGUUCUGCAGCCCAACCAGGAGACCGCCUGCCGAACUUUUGACCUGCUCAUGGCAUGCGAUGCAGAGUGUGAUCCGUCGUUACCUCUGGAUAAGGUGCUUAAUGUCCGAGGCCUCACUCCUUUUAAACUGGCUGCCAAGAAGGGAAACGUUGCGGUGUUUCAGCACCUGGUUAAUAGACGCCGUGUGUUCCAGUGCAGCCUGGGUCCCGUGACCUCUAAUCUCUACGAUCUGACAGAGAUAGAUUCAUGGGCCGACAACGAUUCGGUGCUGGAUGUGGUGGUGUGCAGUCGCCACAGAGAGGCCAGGAGGAUCCUGGAGGUGACGCCUGUGAAGCAGCUGAUCAGUCUGAAGUGGAACCUGUACGGAAAACACUACUUCAGGAUGCUGCUCUUUGUGUAUCUGCUCUACAUCUCCAUCUUCACAGCGUGUUGUGUGUUGCGUCCUCUGAAGGACAUCCCUGCUGACUACCCCAAACCUGUCACUAACUACAGCUUCAACACCAUCUAUGUCCAGAAAAGCCUCAAUGAGAGCUAUGUGACGUAUGGAGACCACGUGCGGAUGGGGGGGGAGAUCAUCAGCGUGGUGGGAGCCGUAGCAAUGAUCCUGUUAGAGAUCCCAGACAUACUGAGGGUGGGAGCCAAGCGCUACUUCGGCCAGACGGCGCUGGGAGGCCCCUUCCACGUCAUCCUGAUCGUCUACGGAGGCUUGGUGGUCCUGCUGUGCGUGUUCAGACUGUGCCAGGUGCAACAGGAGAUGUCCGUCAUGGCCGUGUGCUUGGUUCUGGGCUGGUGCAACGUCUUGUUCUUCGCUCGGGGUUUUGAAAUGCUGGGUCCUUUGGUGAUCGUGGUGCAGAAGAUGAUAUUUGAAGACCUGCUGAAAUUCAUGUGGCUGCUGAUCAUUGUGGACAUUGGUUAUGCCACAGCCGUGUGGACGCAUUAUAUGACCCAGACGCUGAUGUCUAUUCCAGACUACACCAGUCUGCCCGUGAUGUUUUUCUCCCAGUUUGAAGUUAUCACGACCUUCAUUAAUCUGCCCAUAGAUGAAUCCAUCCUCACGCCCCCAGUUCUUUAUAUGAUCGAUGUUUCUCUAACUGUGUUCGGCUCCAUCCUUCUGCUAAAUGUCUUUGUGGUGAUGCUGAAUGACACCAUGUCCAGGGUGGGUCAGGAGAGAGACGAGCUCUGGAGAACUCAGGUGACAGACAGGAUGAUGAUGAUGAUGAUGCAUGUUAUCACAGAGACACCCAUCUUGUCAUGUCCUCUCAUGGUGCAGGUGGUGGCCACCACGCUGAUGAUGGAGAGGAGGCUGCCGCGGCGUCUGUUGCCUCGGUUUGGUACGUCUGGUCUCUGCAUUGGCCCAAAGAACCAGUGGUUCCUGAGGAUUGAGCACAGAAAGGAUCAAAUGGAGCCGAAGAGGAACCACUGCAACAAAACCUCCAUAGAGAGAGUCGAGGGAAACCAGCUGCAGCCUGAUUCAACGUCAGUAACUGUCAUGAGGAAGCGCAGUUCUAAGCGCCUGACCCAGUGGAAGCUGCUUCGUCACAUCAUCUUGGGCUUUAAAGGCGCACAAGCUAAAGGACAUAAAGACUAAUACAGUAUUUUUGGCAGUAUUUUAGUUAGAGUCUGAAAUGACCAUCUUAAAACUUCUGUUCAGUAUCGUGAACCUGGGCAACCAAAGAACCAGCCUCAGGGUUUAUGAUGGGAACUGAAGAAGGCAUCUGGCCACUGUCCAGAAGCUCUGAGAUCAACAGAUCUUCUCUAGGCUUCAAUUUUUAGUGGUUUAUUUCUAUGCCUGUGUUUGAUUCAUUUGAUCGCUCUAUGCACAGACGCAAAUGUAGCUGUGAUAAUCUAGCUGAUACUAUGAAGGUGAUGAUGCAGGUAAACCUCUGAACUGAGCCUGUCACUCAAUGAAUCUACAGACUAAUCAAACCUCUCGGGUCCUGACCCAGCUUUGCUGUCUCAUCAGACGUGAUGGUCUUUGUAACAUUUGUGUACUGUGUCUUUUGUCCUUUGACAGAGAAUGUCUAAUAAAUGAUC